GAAACCUCAGCUCCCGACGAUCCUGGCUUGGGAGCAAAGAGACCAAAGACCCUGAAGAACCCAGACAUGAAAGACGUUCCUGUUGCUGAGACCAUCAUGAAGUGUAACAUGGUAAAAAGUGUGGCUAACAGCCCAUCAAACCCUCAAGCUGAAAAACAAGCAGAAAGCGACUGGAAGGAGCCACUCUCUGUCGUCCCGAGUGAAGUUUCUUCCCAGUGCCACGGAGCUGAUAGCCAAACGAGUGAGAUUUACCCAGGCGGGGCCGCUGAUCUUGGUUUCAAUCUGAAGGGGAACGACUACGAGUCCCACGCCUUGAACUUGCUGGCUGAUCUGGCUCUGGGUUCUUGUAUUCCUUCGUUUAUCCCCAGGGACAGUGAGGUGAUCGCUGCGUCCUGCAGCCCUUCCAGCGACUCAGCAAAGGAGCAGCAGGGUCAUCGCAAACACAAAUCCUUGCGUGCUGCUUCUGACCACGAAUACCACAGGGUAGACAAGCUUGCAAAGGGACCCACCUCUCCUAGCAAAGCAUCACUGAAGCAGAAUCUGCCUCUUGCAGAAACAAGAGACUUAAAUAACUUGGCCUCUGUUCCCAGGGAGGAAUGUCCUGGGGUUUCCAGCAAGAACAGUGCGAGCCCCAUCCCUUCAACACCCCAAGCGUUGCCUCCGAGAGAGACUCAAGAAGCUGCCGAGGUGAAAAAGCACUCCUUCAUCUCUGUCGAGCACUCCUACGCCUCGCAGAUGACUGAACACUCAAAGAAACACAUGUAUCCCAGAGGUGCCCUCUACCCCGGACCAGCACCUUCCAGAAAUGGGUCCAGGAACGCUGAAGCAGGACCCCUGGUUGGGAAAGUCCUACCUUUCCGCCAGCAGCAGAACAGCACCCACCCGCUGCAGCCCUUGGAGGUGGCGGCGGCGAUGAGGUGCAGGAGCAGCCUGCUUUCCCCCAGGCUGAAGGAGGACAUCACCAGGUCCCGCAAGGUGAACAUCUGCGGCAAGUCCUUGAAGGUGACAUGCCACUGGGAGGCAGAGUAUGUCUUCAGUUUGGACACCAGGUACACCAAUGAUGCCCUGGAGAAAACCAUCAUCCGCGCCUUGCACGGGCCCUGGGACCCUGAUCUGCCCGACGAUGUGGAAGAGGUGAAGCUGAUACUUCAUACGUGGUUGGCUCUGUUCUACAGCAAACCCAGCAAACUCCUGAGCAGCACGAGGAAGGUGGUGGAGCACAGCAACCCCAAGAAGUAUGUCUCGAUAUACAGCACGUGGGACUUUCUUGAGCUGAGUGAUGAUGGUGAGGAUUGUUUUGAGUUGGAGACGUGCCCUGCAGACUCUCGGUCAGACCCUGACCAGACUCCCAGCAGCUCUCUGGAUCGCAGCACACGUUGCCAGGGAGCCUGCUGCCCAGAGGAGAGCCCUGCAGACUCUCAGACUGAUGCUGAUGGGAUUCUUGGUGUUGUCGAUAGUACAGUAUCAUCUUCUUCAGGGGAGCUGCCCUGUGGGGAGGAGGAGCCUUCCUCCACAAGCUGUCCCGAGAGCCUUUCCCUCGCUGAGGACGCUGACGAGAGCCUGGCUGUGAUAGACGGGUGCCCAGCGGUUGUUCCUGAGGAGCGCGUGCCUGACAUGGCAACUAUCGCUGUGGAGGAGCCGCCCAAGGACACCCCCGGCCCUUCCGAUGAGCUUGGCAAUGCUGACAAGGCCCGAGCCGUGCUGGGCAGGGAAAGCCCAUGUAGCCAAGCCCCGAGUUCCAGUAGAGCUCCCUGGAGUGAUGCAUGGGCUGUGCUGCGUGGACACGGAGAGCAGCAGGAGAACGGGUGGGCAACAGGGUCAGGGGGUGGCCCUGGCCCUCCCGAGGGCCGUGAGAGCACAGGAGAUGGUGUGCACUGUAAGGAGGUUGAGGAUGGCAGCUGGGCCGCCAGCCAUGGACCACAACCUGCCUGUGAUUCGAUGCCCUUAGAAAUACAUCCCAAAAUUGCAAAGCCCAGUGGAGCCAGCGGGGAAGGGAGGGAAUCGCAAGACCCCUCUGGACAUCCAGAAAAAGAGGGGGAAGAGGUGGAGGAGGGAAGAAAAGAGAACGAGGACUCUGAAUAUGAAAGCACAGUCCUGGGGCCUGUUGAUUUAGCAUUUUCGGGAAGCGGUGAUGCUGACAUGGCGCAUGAACACAGCGAGCAGAAGCGAGUCAAUUCAGCAUAUCCGAAGGAUUUUGGCUUUCCUGGAGAGGGCCCCUUGCCCAGCCCUGCUGUCUCAGCAUCCCCCUGCCCAGGCAGAUCAGUGCUGGAUGGGACUGAGACUGGCCCUUGGGGGCUUCCUGGUGAGAUGGCACCAAGCCUGGACACCCUGCAAGAGCCCUGGGAGGCUCUGGCCACCCCAAAUGCAGAGAUGAACGGUGUUGGCUUGGCACACACAGCCAGUCCAGCCCAUGUGGGGUCGUCCCGUGACAGCAGAUUGAUGCUGCUCUUACCAUCUCACCCAAGCCCUGUCUGUGGGGCGCAGCCGGACAGCAUUACCGGCAACUUGGGAUCUGCCGGAGAGAUGCUGGGGAUCGGCUUGGAGCAGAAAGACAAGGAUCGUGCGCCCUCUGCAGAAAGGUGGGCGCCUGCCAGCCUCUGGUCACCCUGCAGCCAGGGACUGUCCCUAACCUUGUCCCCCGAUUCCAGCUUUGUCGGCCUCGCGUCUCCUGAUGGAGCAACACAUCCCAGGGCUGCUCCAGAGGAACAGGAAGCCACGGCAAACAUCCAGUCUCCAUCCCAGAGCAACAUGGGAGGGAGCAGCGGCUUUUCCCAAAGGUGUGGAGGUGCCGUUCAUGCUGGCCUGGCUUCGCUGAGCACUGGUGAAUCCAACCAAGAAGGGAGCGAGGUUUUGGUGGAAGAACAGCGCAGCGGCCCUUCUGCCAACCGCACAGACGCGCUGGAUGAGUCCUCGGGAGCAGGUGAUGGUCAGGGCUUCCCAUUGGACCCUACAGCCUUAGCAGGUGACUCUGAAGCUGGACAGAGUGAUGAUCUGUGCCUCGGUGCAGAGAAGUCCCCCGAGAGCGACAAAACGAAUGCAGCGAGGGUGGCUGAUGCACCGCAGGAGCCCAGAUGUGCAGAAGAGGUGAAGAAAGACACGUACCCAUGCCGUGCAGAGCCGUCGGAGAGCUCCCCUGCGGAUUCGCUCGUGCCAGGUGACCCAGGAUCGUUACCUCCUCCUCCUCCGCAUGGUCACAAGGUGGCUCUGCACAGUGCUGAGCCGGACUCUGUCCUUAGCGUGCACCCCAAGACGUUUUCUCGUGGCACAAGUGCGGCUCCAGACAGUGCCCCGCGGCCCUGCUGCCCGCAGUGUGGCAGCCCUGGGGGCCAAGCAGCAGAUGCGGUGACGAUCCUGCCCUCCGACACGUGGCUGCGCGGGCUCGGCCGGCACCGGCGGAGGAACUGGCAUGGGGACUCGUGUACCCCGUGGCAGGACAGCGUCUGUGACAAGAGGAGCAGGGCCAGAUCCCGAACUCACAGCCGCACAGCUCCCCUGCACCUCAGCAAGCUCAAAUACGACAAUAAGCUACAGAACCCGCGUGGGGACAUCGCCCUGAUCCUGGAGGAGUACACCGAGUUCAGCAGCGCGGUGCUGAGCCGAGCGGACGCAGGGAGCGAGGGCGGAGGGCCACGCCUGGCACACAGGGAGGCCAGGAGCGAGCGGAUGUGCACAUCGCCCCCUGGGAGGACGGUUGCCUUCGAGGACAUGAUCGCGGACCUGUGCAGCACGCUGCGUUUCCACUUGCACAGCCUGGCCAAGGAGGCCUGUGGCCGCACCGACAUGUUCUACCUGGUGGAGACGGGCAAGGACCCUUUCUUUGCAAGAGUGAAG